AGUCAAUCAUUUACAGCCGAGUGAGUUCGCACAUAGAGAAGUGCCUGUUCCAUAACACCCGCAGGUGACACUGCCCGUGUUAUUGCUUGGAGCUCGUCAACAAGACAGCACUCAUGGACAGCCACAGGGAAUGUGAUGUCCGUACUCCUAGACUGGACACGGAGAAAGACACUAAUGCACCAGUUCGGGAUCUUGCUAGGACACAGCCAGCCGGAUCCAUCGCUAACAAUGCUGGUGAAGCCCAUCCUGAACUGGCCGGUCUGUCAUCCAUUUUGGGUUUCAGAAAAUCUCUUGGUCCUGGGCAGCAGGAGCCAGAGUCUCUCGGCAUAGUUGAGCUCCCCCAAAUCAAGCCCCCUCAACUGCAAAAGACCGAGUCUCCUGGCAUUAAAGAGGAAGUUGAGCUCCUCCAAAUCAAAGAGGAGGAGCCAGAGCCCCCUCAACAGACGGAGUCUCCUGGCAUUAAGCAGGAAGUUGGGUUCCUCCAAAUCAAAGAGGAGGAGCCAGAGCCCCCUCAACAGCAAAAGACAGAGAAGCAACUUCCAAUCAAAAAGGAGGCGGAAGAGCUGCCGUAUGUUAAAGAGGAGAAAGAGGAGCAAGAUAUCACCAGGUCGACUGAUGAGCCCUUGAAGAAUGAAGAUGUUCUAAGUGAGGCCAACAGAGGGGCAGAGCUUUCAAGCAAUGACGAUAGCAACGACGCCACUUCACACUCGCCUUACACUGAUGAUGAUGAUGACAGUAGUCAUAAGAAAGGUCUCAGUAAUGACGAACUAUGUGAAUGCUCUCACUGUGGGAAAACCUAUUAUAACAAGUCAAAUUUGAAUAGGCAUAUGAAGAGCCACACUCGUAAGAAACCCUUUUGUUGCUCAGUUUGUGGCCACAGAUUCGCUAAAAGCCAAAACUUAAAAACGCACGCAAGAACACACACAGGUGAGAAACCUUUUACCUGCUCAGUUUGUGGUCAAAGAUUCACUCAAAGCCAAAACUUAAAAACGCACGCGAGAACCCACACUGGUGAGAAACCUUUUGCCUGCUUAGUUUGUGGUCAUAAAUUCUCUUUGAAAUGCAACUUAAAAACACACGUAAGAACCCACACUGACGAGAAAGCCUUUUCCUGCUCAACCUGUGGCCAAAGUUUCACUCAAAAGAUACAACUAACACAACACACAAGAACCCACACUGGUGAGAAACCUUUUGCUUGCUUAGUUUGUGGUCAAAAAUUCUCAUUGAAAAGCAACUUAAAAACACAUAUAAGAACCCACAAUAGUGAGAAAGCCUUUUCCUGCUCAGUCUGUGGCCAAAGAUUCGCGCAAAAGAUACACCUAACACUCCACACAAGAACCCACACUGGUGAGAAACCAUUUGUCUGCUCAGUUUGUGGUCAAAGAUUCACUCAAAGCCACAACUUAAAAACGCACACAAGAACCCACGCUAGUGAGAAACCCUUUGCCUGCUCAGUUUGUGGUCUAAAAUUCUCUGAGAAACAAAGCUUAAUCGACCACACAAGAACCGUUUGUGGCCAAACAUUCGCUAAGAACGAACACCUUCAACUACACGCAAGAACCCAUACUGGAGAAAAACCUUAUUCCUGCUCAGUUUGUGGUCAAAGAUUCUCCCUGAAUGAAAACCUAACGAGGCACACAAGAACCCACACAGGUGAGAAACCCUUUUUCUGCUCCGUUUGUGGCCGAAGAUUCGCUAAGAACGAACACCUCCAACUACACACAAGAACCCACACUGGGGAAAAACCUUAUUCCUGCUCAGUUUGUGGUCAGCGAUUCUCUCUGAAUGAAAACCUAAAGAGGCACACAAAAAUCCACACUGGUGAGAAACCCUUUUCCUGCUCAACGUGUGGUCAAAAAUUCUCUCUGAAUGAAAACCUGAAGAGGCACACGAAAACUCACACUGGUGAGAAACCUUUUUCCUGCUUAGCUUGCGGUCAAAGAUUCAGUCAAAAGGGCGCCCUAAAAAAACACUCAAGAAGUCACACUGGUGAGAAACCCUUUACCUGCUCAGGUUGUGGUAAAGGAUUUGCUCGGAGUGAUGCAGUUAAGAGGCACAAGCAUACCUGUCAAGUUGUAUAGUUGAGACGUAAAGUGAGCACCGAUUUUUAAAUGCGUGCGCCGUACGUUCAAAAUCUGUAUGUUUUUUUGUGCAUGACAUUUUUUUUCCUCCUUUCGGAUUUUGUCACUGUUUCGGCAACGAGACAAUGUGCGUUACAAUGCGUUACUACAUUGGUUGAAUGACGUGAGAAAAGACGGACACGGAGAGAAGAGCGGGAGUGGGGAGGAAGGCUGAUGGUUUGUUGUGACGCUGUAGCAAACGCGAUGCUAGGCUAGGUGGCUCCAAUAUUUCCUGAUCGUAGCCAACAGCCUACAAUCUACGUCUAGAUAUCACAAGCAUAUAGAACUACAUGGGAAAUGACACUCGGCGGCGUUAGUAAAUUUUUAAGUGGUAGACUUCUCAGAAAGGCUCUGUUGUAGUGACCUUCCUUGCUAUCUAAGUAACUUUUUAUCUUUAAUACUCCUAAUUUGCCAAAAUCUUGACUUGAAUUUAUCUUUAAAUGAUUAAACAGUUUAAAAAUUUUAACGGUUGAUUCACAUUAAAUUACUUCCAAACAUAGCAAAGGUUAUUAUUUAUUUAUUUUUUAAAUGGAAAAAAAAACCAUGAAAAGUAACACCAGUUACUUUGCCAAGUAACUACUCUUAAAUUCAGGUAAAUUACUUCUCCCAAAAAGUAAUUGAGUUAACUUUUUGUUUUUUUUUUUUUAACUAAGAUUAACAACACUGGUCAUAAAGAUGAAAUGAAUGAAAAGUAGAAAUUUUAUUCUGUCACUUUGUUGCCGAACACAAAUUGCCUGCAACUAUUGCUGACCAGUUUUCAGAAUCGGCAAAAGAAAUGUUCCCUCACUCAAAGGUGCAUUUUUAAAUUUAUAAUUGGACACACUAAACGAACUACCUUCAAGUCAAACUGAAUUGCGAGCUCAAGUGCAGCCAUCAAAAGACAUGAUAUAAAUUGCCAGAGGUGCUACAUACAAUUAUAACAAAAGUCACUGUUAAAUUUUAGUAAUCAUGAUGUAGCUGAAAAUAAUUAUUGCACCAGAUUAUAUGUGACUAUAUUACCAAUAAAUUCAUAUUAUUUAAAAAAUUGAGUAUUAUUUUUGUUUCAUAUUGCACGCUAUAUAAAACGUAAGAUUAAUCUUCUAUUUGUAAGGGCACACGUCACUAUUAGUAAGAUUGCCAACGGCCUCGGGUUGACAGGUAUGCACAAGUGUGUUAGUGUGAAAAGCAGUGGACCAACAAUUGUUAUUGUCAUCCAUGCUGCCUUCGUCAGUUUGGCCACGCAGGCAAUUGUAUUCUGUGGACCUUCCUCAAAACCUGUUAAGGAUUAGCACAUUUGGUGCUAUACUUGUGCUUUGCCUUGUUUAAUGUGCAUCCACACUUUUGAAGUUAAAUGUGUAGAGUUCUGAAUUUGCCUCUAUUUCUAAGUUUAAAAUAAACAUAAAUUGCCACA